UGCUGGGAGGCUGACGUAUCGAGAACAGUCAGUGGAUAACUGGGUUGCAACAUCAAUAACAAUCGGUAUAAUACCGCUGGAUCAUCGGCGUUGCAUGCGUUUAAAUACAGGAAUCCUCCCUGGCUUAUUGAAUGCGAUUGGUAUGCAUUUUCACAACCCCAGUAGAACACUGCAAAGAGGAAAUUCUGACUCAUUUUCGUGGUUUCGUUAUCUGUAACGAGGGCGUUACAGGAAAGAUGCCAUGUCCAUCGGUGAGUGCGGUGCGCGAUCGCUGAUCAUAAAGAAUGGUGCAUUUGAAUGUUGAUAUGUAGAAAUAACACACGGCUUAUCGUGUUGUAGUUGGAAUAACGGUGUAUAGGACAAUAUCUAUGACAAAUGGAGUAAAACGAAUGAUAAAAUGAGAGGUGCCCGGUCGAUCUGCGCAGGUGGAUCACCAACCUGAUGUUAACAAUCUCGUUUCUCCCCGCGUCUGCCGGGUCGGUAUGCUGUGAAGCUGGUUGUGAAUACCGGAACUCGAGCCAUGCUUCCCGGGGUCGGCGUGUUUGGCACCAGCUUGACCACGCGGGUGAUUAUCCCGCUUUUGAAGAACGAAGGAUUCGCGGUCAAGGCUCUAUGGGGACGGACUCAGGAGGAAGCCGAGGAGCUGGCCAAAGAAAUGAACGUACCGUUUUAUACCAAUAGAAUCGACGACGUUUUGCUGCAUCAGGAUGUGGAUUUGGUGUGUAUCAACCUACCUCCACCUUUAACGCGGCAGAUUGCUGUCAAAACAUUAGGUAUUGGUAAGAACGUGAUCUGCGACCGCACCGCCACCCCACUUGAUGCCUUCCGCAUGAUGUCGGCCGCCCAGUACUACCCCAAACUACUGAGCAUCAUGGGUAACGUGCUGCGCUUCCUGCCCGCCUUCGUACGGAUGAAGGAGCUAGUGGAGGAGGGCUACGUGGGGGAGCUGCUGGUCUGCGAGGCCCAGGUCCACAGCAGCAGCCUGUUGGGUAAGAAGUACAACUGGAGCUGUGACGACCUGAUGGGCGGUGGGGGGCUGCACUCGGUGGGUACCUACAUCAUCGACCUGCUCACCUUCCUGACGGGCCAGCGGGCGGCCAAAGUGCACGGCUUCCUCAAGACGUUCGUCAAGCAGACGGCGCACAUCUGUGGCAUCCGCCAGAUCACCAGCGAUGACUUCUGCACCUUCCAGAUGGUGCUGGAGGGCGGCGCCUGCUGCACAGUCACGCUCAACUUCAACAUGCCCGGGGACUUCCGCCAGGAGGUGAUCGUGGUAGGCACGGUGGGCCGGCUGACAGUCAGCGGCACGGACCUGUACGGCCAGAAGAACACCAUGGAUGGAGGGCCAGAGCUACUUCUGAAGGACAGCACCCCUCUGGAGAAGGCCUCCCUACCGGAGAAAGCUUUCAGCGACAUCCCCUCGCCCUACCUGACAGGAACUAUUUGCAUGGUACAGGCGGUGCGGCAGGCUUUCGAGGACCAGGAUGACCGGCGCACAUGGGAUGGAAGGCCGCUGACUAUGGCGGCCACCUUCGAGGACUGCCUGUAUGCACUGUGCGUGGUGGACACCAUUAAGAAGUCCAACCAGUGCGGCGAAUGGCAGAACAUUGAGGUGAUGAAAGAGGAGCCCGAGGUGAGCCCGGCCUACCUGAUCAGCGAGGCCAUGCGGCGCAGCAGGAUGUCACUCUACUGCUAGCACUGGCACCAAAAUGGCCGACUGGUGCUAGAGACUGGGGGUGAGAGAGUGCCCUCAUUGGCUGGCUGUCUGACCAAUAGGGGAUAAGGGUCCUGUUUCGCUUGUCCCCAAAAUGAUGUGAACAGUGAUGAACACUCCUAUCUCUUUGUCCUCUUUCCUGGAUGAAUAAGCCUCACACUGUGGGUCUGAGAAAGGGAAGCCGUUUCUAUGGAUGCUAGACUCGGGUCAACAGAGGGGUUUUAUUGUACCUCUAGAGAGGUGAAUGUUUAAACCACAGGGSGCUUGAAUGGUUCAGUCCCUGUCUCAGUGUAUGUGUGCUGUGUAUGAGUGUGAAACCAGCGCAAAAAAACGCCUGCAAAAUCUAUAGUUUGGCUGGUAGGGCUUUUAGUAAGGUUCCCCCCUCUGGUAAAGUGUGCAAUAAAUCCUGCCAGAGCUGCAGGCUCGUGGAAUUAUGUCAUCCUGCCUGAAUCAAGGGAAUACCCUUUUUGCCUGCUUCUCGUUUUUGUAGUAACGUCCUUAUGCAAUAGACAGACACACAAUCUGUGGAUGGCGACUCAAUCCCGUGCUAUGCUGUGAGUAAAGCCAAGUGUUUUUUUCUAAUCUCAAGGUCAUUCCCGUUGCUUAGCUAGCCAGCUAGGUUAGCAUUUGCAUGCGCUAAAGCUUCUUACACAAUAGCGACAACGUAGGGUAAAACAAUCAGUACUAAACCUCUGGGUUAGUGCAUGGAUGGGACACGAGCAUGCAUCAAGCCUCCAGAUAAACACCCUUUAAGUCUCCCACUAGGAACACUCUGCUUGGCUACUAGUUUCUGUGAAUAUGUAACUUCGUGCUACUAACUGAAGAACAUGGGUUAAUUCGGUUUUUUUUGUUGAGAGAAGAGCACUGAUGGUCAUGUACUCAUCACUAUCCACACAGGUUACAGGAGAGAAUGGUAGUAGCACAUAUUGACCUACAAGCCAAAACGUUGGAUUCUUGUAUUUUAUUCAAGCGCUAUCUCAUUGUUUUCUCAAUGUUGAGUAUGCUACGUCAGUCUGCAUACGCCUACAUGUCUAUAGUCUUGUAUAAAACAAAAAAGUGAAUUGUUUAAAAUGAGUCAUGAUAUAAAUGUACUGUUUUGUAUUUUAUUUGUUUUUUUUAAAACUGCUGUGCGAAAAGACUGGAACAUGUUUUGAUGAACACACUGUUCAGUAUAAAAGUAUUCAUUUUGUGUUUUGGACUGAUCCGUACGGGGGGUGUCUAGUUAGUGGGAGACAGGUGAGGUGAGAGAGGCCUUUGAGCGUUCAGCUCCUACGUGCGUUGGUCCUGUCUGUGGGAUCUCUGAAGAAAAUGACUACUGGAAAACGACUAUUUUGGUUGGAGUAUAGAAACCUUUUUGAAACGUGGUCCUCAUUUGUAUUCCAUUUUUGAUAGGUGCAGACAUUUUCAAAAAUGUUAUCAACUUCCCUUAGGGCUCAACAAGCACGCUUUGUUAGGGCUCAACAAGCACGCUUUGUUAGGGCUCAACAAGCACGCUUUGUUAGGGCUCAACAAGCACGCUUUGUUAGGGCUCUACAAGCACGCUUUGUUAGGGCUCUACAAGCACACUUUGUUAGGGCUCAACAAGCACACCUUGUUAGGGCUCAACAAGCACGCCUUGUUAGGGCUCAACAAGCUCACUUUGUAGCUAUUCAACAGUUAUCAUCUGUCCAGUCAGUCACCCCAUUGGGCACACACUGGUUGAAUCAACGUUGUUUCCACACGUUGAACCAACAUUGAAUUGACAUCUGUGCCAAGUGGGAUGCCUUCGCCUAUUCAAUGAAACCUGGAACUGUAAAAUUGAUUUAGAAUUUUGGUCGAAGUUCUCAGUUCUGGACAUUCCAGGGCCUAUAUUCACAGGGUGUCUCAGAGUACGAGUGCUGAUCUAGGAACAGGUCCUUACUGUCUUAUUCGUUAUGAUCUGAAAGGUAAAACUGAUCCUAGAUGCAUUGUGAAUACGGGCCUUGGUCUCAUAAAGAGUUGCGGUCUUUAGUGUAAGAAUCCCUGUUACAUGUUGGCCUUUCCGAUCGUCAGUAAGCGAGAAGGAGAGAUUCAAGAUCCAAAGAUCAUGUCUUGGUAUUAUGUACUUGACCAUCCUAAUUCUUUAUCCAAUUCUCAGUUAGUCCCCUCUGUUCCUAAGCCGGGUCUAUGGCCUUGUUCCAAACCAUGCACCUCUAAAGCUGCACCCAGAGAGGAAGUCUGUGAGGAUUCCCUUUUGAGGCCUUAUAGGGAGGAUGUGUUGGGACCUAUGGUUUAGUCCCCAGUCUUCCAGUCCAGGAUGGAGCCCGAUAGCUUUACUAGAUGAAAUCAAACCCUAAGUAAACCGUUGAAUUUGACCGUGAAGAUCGCUAACGCGUCACAUUAAACGUGACGCGUUAGCGCUAAAUCAGACAUUUCAUCAAGUAGAAUCAAUGAAGGACAGAAAGGAUCCAAGUAGAGUCCGUUUAGCGGUUUGAUCUGGCACACCGGCGUAUUUAACCGUAAGCCUACAUCUUGACCAGGUGCUCUAGAUGCCAUUUCCUUCAACAUUUUUAGGCCAGUUGAUGAAAAUUGAGUUUGGGUAUUUAAGUGGUUGAAUAUUUAAUGUUUGAAAUUAGAAAUUAAUGCUGUGGAAGAUUUCAUGCAUUUGGUGUUCGCUGACUAAUUUGUACAUUUUAAUUUAAUGUCUUCAUGCCAUUUAUUAUUUUAAAUGUUUUUCUUUUUAUAAAGUGGACAUUUCAGGUCACAGCCAAUGUUGGUUAAGUUCUAUGAUAAAAUGGACAACUGCUGUACCACCUUCAAACUGUAACAACUGAGAUGUUAAUAUUGUAGUGUGUGUGUCUAUACCUGAAGGUGUUACCCUUAGAGCACUGUAGAUGCUCCUCUGACUGUACGCCCCCUUCUCUGCGGGACUGUGGUGUGAGAAAAAAAAAAUCGUCAUAUUGCCAAUUCCUUAUUGUCAUUGCCUGUGGCUUUUUAGGGUGCAUCCUCUUGGCUUAACAAGACAUGGAAAAAUAAAAACUGUGAACAUGGGGGGGGGGGGGGAGAUGUUACAGUUCAAUAGGUUAAGUUUGUUUGUUCUGCUUCGUUUGCUGAAAUGUGAAUAUUUUAGAUCUUCUCCGUGCUGUGCCAACAUUUACAAACAACUUGAGGAGGUUGGGCUUUCCUGAUUUAAUAUAGAUAGUAGUCUAGCUCAGUGGGAUUUAGAUUAGAUAGAUUUUGGGAAACAAAGACUUUAAAAUGUGGUUAGGAUACAUUACCCCCCCCUCCCUCCCUGCGGUACCUUAAGGGGGGUCACUCUGUUCAUAAUGAGAAGCAACCGCAAAGGUGGUUCUUGUGUACCCUCAGUUCGUCACCUAGCAACGGUGGCAGCCACUGUGCCAACACUCGGCCAUCUUGGAUUUCUUUCCACUUUCUCUCAUUCUCUCUUGUUUUCUGUUUCUGUCUCUCAUUCUCUCUUACCCCCCCCCUCUCUCUCUCCCUCCUCGUUCUUUCUCUCCUGCUCACUCUCAGCCUGAAGGACAAAUUGACUUGGUGCUUCUGCAGACCCCUGAUAGCUUGUUCAUUAAGCUUACCGUUCACUCACAAUUUAUUUAAUUUUUGUUGCCUUUUACAACAUGAUAUUGAUAGAUUUCCCCCACAUUAUUUUUACCAUACAGUGGCCCCUUUUCAUUAUGGCACAGACAAAGCAACCACCGGUCAAGGAAGCUUACAUUGAGCCUGCUUAUUUUAAUGAAAAUAUAAUGAUUGUUGUUGAUUUAUUAUGAUAAUGGUAAUUUUAGAUUUUAAGUCCAAUAUAAUUAUAGUGAAUUUGUAUCUCUAUUGCUUAGUAUUAGGGCAUUUUUAUAUUUUCAUUAUUAAUAGGCUGACACAUUACCUUGAGCGUCAAUGAUGUCAGUAGACUAGAGUCAGAAUAGCUGUUUGUUGGGUGACUGUUUACCCUUCACACUGGGGAACCCUACUCCUUGCCCUAGUGUCUGUUUCCUUGACUACAGGCUGGAGUGGCAGUUAUUUGGCCCAAUAGUCACAGACUCCCGGCACCUUCGUUUUCCUGGCUCAGGUCAGAGGUGGUGACUGCUGAAAAGGGCCACACACACACACACACACAGAGGAACCCUCCCUCAACAGGUUUGUAAGUGCUGGUACAGUAAAUAUAAUUGCUGAAGGUAAUGUCCAUCUUGAUACUGUAUUGACGUUUGUUGACUCUUUAUUGUACUGUAUGUAUAUCGUGGAUGCAUGGACUUUUUGGUAUAUAUUGAACCAACAGGCUCAUAUUGAUCAGUCUUAAACUAGAGAAUGUAUUGUAGGAAUAUAUUUAUCUAUUUUCUAUAUAUGAGAAAAUGACAGUUGUGGUUUGGGAGAUGGGGAGGGAGGGAGGGUGGGUGUCAGUAAUAUGUCCUCUUAGUUUGCUGUAUAUGGAAAGGCUGUGAAUGGAGUCCCCCUUAAUUCCUUAGCCUGGCUCUGUGUCAGUGUUCUACUGUUUGAUCUCCCGCUCCAGUACUUUGCACUGCUACUGUGUGUGUGACUAGUAAGAAAGUGUGAGUGUGCGUGCGUGCGCAUGGGGGAAAUGUCUUGUUCUGACCCCAUCAUCCUGGUGUUCAACAACAUGGUUUACCGCUUCAGAACUUGUCCAAUGCUGCAGUUUCUAAGGAUUAAAACAAAUAAUACCUACCUACA